AUGUAUACGCCCGAAUCACAAACAAUGGAAAACAUGGGCCAGGGAAAUUUCAACGACCUGGAUCCCAAACUGCUCGUGGAUUUACUGAGCGGAGGAAGCACGGGAAGGCCGCCCACAUUUACCACGGAACAGGUCUCUUCGAUACUACAAUCUAUUCUGGCCGGGUCGACUCCUUCACCACUGGCCACCCCGAACUCGAGCUCUGGAUCACCAGAGAAGAUCACGGACGAGGAUCGCAAGUUCCUCAAGUUGGCCGAGCAGGUGGCCCGGACCCAUAACGUUGAUCCCACAAUCAGGUCUGUUUUGGAGAGGCUACAGUACUUUGGAUCUCCGCAUGGAGGGGCCCCCAUAUCCCCCAGGGCUGCUAAUAAGAGCAGCAAUUUAAACUCCAAUUACCAGCUGGGCAGCGCGAAAGCAACGAAAGAGAGCGACAGGGUCAAUGGUUCUCGAUGGAACGUGCAAAAUGCUUUCACGCCCUCGUCGCAACUCCAGCAGCAACUUCAACCGCAACAGGACUGGAGCCCGCAUAGUUUCCCGGACCUGAUAUCGAACGUGUUCGAUCCAAACUUCCGCAAUUCUCAUUCAGCGCAGGAUGAUCAGUUCCAGCGACUAUUGAAGAAAGUGGCCGAAACUGCUCAGAAAUUGGACUAUGCCGAGCAACAGAAGCUGUACCGAAAGGUGGAGGAGAUUCUGGGCAGCUCGUUGCUCUCCUCAACCUCAGACCUCUUGAGUUCCAGAAACCAACAUGAUUUCUCCGAGCAACCUGGUCUUCUAGAAUACUCGCUGGCAACUUCGAAUUCCAGCCGAGUGUCGUCGUCGCCGCAACACGUUCAGGUCACCAAAGCCCAGCGAAGAAGUCUGGUGUCCACACCCAGUUCCUCUUCCUCGGUGGGAACGCCAUAUUUAUCUCCACGAAUGGUACACCGCCAAAGCUAUUCGGGAUCGACUGGACUACUCGGAGACAACACUGCGCCAACUUCUCCUGGGAUGUUCACUCCUCCGGCUGUUGCCCAAACACCCCAAGACCUGAAUCCGGUGGACCAUCCGACCACGGCUUCGACGUCUUCCACCACGUCGUCGGGAUCCAAUGAGAGGAGCUUUGUAUGCGAGACGUGCUCUAUUUCGUUCCGGAGAUCCUCCGACCUCAAGCGUCACGAAAAAACACAUCUGGAGGUGCUGCCCAACACAUGCCCACUGUGCCAAAAGGGCUUUGCCCGGAAGGAUGCUCUGAAGAGACACAUAGACACACUCACAUGCAAACGGAACCGGGAGAAACUUCUCAUUGGAAUGAACAAUCAUAAGACCCAGGAAGAAGACACCAACCGCAAUAGUGAUCAGGGAAGUAAAGUGUAUGGAGAUGUGGUUCAGAACAUCCUCUCGCAAUUUGGGUAUGGAAACGGCAAAACUUAG